GCACGUGGACCUUCUAAAUUACUCGUACAACAAUGCCGAUUGCCAACUCCAAGGCUUCUGUUGAUUCGCUAAAACAGCGAGGACUGGUAGUUGGACUUCCAAUCAAACAGCAUGACCACAUUCCUUGGCGUGACCAAUGUUUUUCCACUUACAAACAUGGAAAUACAUAACGAGUCUGGACUGUUCCGAAAGGGCGCAAAGGAGAAGUUUCAGACAAAUGGGAUCCUUGUUUUUUAAGUUUUAACCUGUUAGGAUUUCGAUUUUAGAUAUAUUCAGCACGCCGAAGUUGAAAGUGUUGCUUAUGUGCUACUGAUGCAUCAUCACGUGAAUAUAUAUAUAUAUAUAUAUAUACAUAUACAUAGAUCAAAUCUGAUUACUUUAAUUUAACAAGAAAUCAAACUGUUGCUUUGCUUAACUUGCUUUCAAUGAUUGAACUUGGUUUACAUUUUUCUUCCAUUUCUAGAAUCUUGGUUAGACAUUGAUACGUUUUGCAAUCAUAGGAACAACCAAAGGCCUAUUCCCCUCUGGUAAAAGAAAUUCCUUGACUCUCGAACGGAGCCAAAGAUGGUUUUUCAAUCAGUAACUCUCUCUUUCUCCUCUUAGACAUCAAUAAAACAAUUUCGAUUCAGGAGGGGGUGUGACCCCAUUUAUGGUAAGUUUGAGCUGGAACUCACGGUCCCUCUCUAUUACAGCGGAGCAAAUGGGCUAUGAGACACGUUUUACACGUCUGAUUCUCUGGUUCUGAUUCCUCUUUUUUCUAUUUUCUGGUUGAUGGUGUUUUAUAAUAAAUAGUUUUUUUAUAACUCCAUGUUUUACUACUUCCGUGUCCCAGCUCAUAAAAUCUUCUCUCACAGCAUGUAUCCAAUCUGAGAGUCUAAAAGGACAAACAAAAAGGCUCCUUUUUCUUCUCUCUGGGUGAGCAGAGAGUGUUUGCUCAUUGAAAGAGACUGUUGGUAUAGAGAGAGAGGGGACAGAUGAGUUUCAGGGACGAUUCUGAUGAUGGGAGGGAUCUACGGAAGCCGUUUCUACAUACCGGAAGUUGGUACCGGAUGGGUUCCAGGAUGGGGUCCAGUAUGCUGGGCUCAUCUCAGGCUAUUCGUGAUAGCUCCGUCUCUGUUGUAGCCUGCGUUAUGAUUGUUGCUUUGGGUCCUAUCCAAUUCGGUUUCACUUCUGGUUAUUCUUCUCCUACACAAUCUGCAAUCAUCAAGGAUCUUGGCCUAACAGUCUCAGAGUUUUCUCUAUUUGGUUCUUUAUCAAAUGUGGGUGCCAUGGUUGGGGCAAUAGCCAGUGGUCAGAUAGCUGAGUAUAUCGGACGAAAAGGGUCUUUAAUGAUUGCUGCUAUUCCUAAUGUAAUUGGAUGGCUUACUAUAUCUUUUGCAAGAGAUUCAUCUUUUCUUUACAUGGGAAGGUUGUUGGAAGGUUUUGGUGUGGGAAUAAUCUCUUAUACGGUGCCUGUCUACAUAGCUGAGAUAGCACCUCAAAACUUGAGGGGGGCUUUGGGUUCAGUGAAUCAGCUGUCUGUCACAAUUGGAAUAAUGCUCGCCUAUCUGCUGGGACUUUUUGUUCAGUGGAGGGUACUUGCAGUUUUAGGAAUACUUCCUUGUACAAUUUUGAUACCUGGUCUCUUUUUCAUUCCAGAAUCUCCUCGAUGGCUGGCAAAAAUGGGUAUGACAGAAGAUUUCGAAGCUUCUUUGCAAGUUCUCAGAGGUUUUGAUACUGAUAUUUCUAUUGAAGUGAAUGAUAUCAAGAGGUCUGUAGCAUCAACAACUAGAAGAACUACAAUUCGAUUUGCAGAACUCAAACGAAAGAGAUAUUGGUUCCCGUUGAUGGUUGGAAUUGGAUUACUUAUGCUGCAACAGCUUAGUGGCAUUAAUGGUCUUCUAUUUUAUUCCAGUACCAUUUUUGAAGCUGCUGGGGUUAAAUCCAGCAAUGUAGCUACCUUUGGACUUGGUGCCAUUCAGGUCGUUGCUACUGCUGUAACCACAUGGUUGGCGGACAAAGCAGGACGCCGGCUCCUGCUUAUAGUCUCCUCUUCUGGAAUGACUCUCAGCCUCCUAAUUGUUGCAGUAUCAUUCUAUUUAAAGGAUGUUUUAUCUAGUGAUUCUACCCUUUAUAGCAUUAUGGGCAUCUUGUCAAUAGUUGGAGUUGUGGGUAUGGUGGUUGCCUUCUCUCUAGGAAUGGGGGCCAUUCCUUGGGUUAUAAUGUCAGAGAUUCUUCCAAUAAAUAUCAAGGGUCUUGCUGGAAGCAUAGCAACACUUUCCAACUGGUUCUUUGCUUGGGUGGUUACGAUGACUGCCAACCUGCUUUUGGAUUGGAGCAGUGGAGGAACCUUCACGAUUUACAUGAUCGUGAGCGCUUUCACUAUCCUAUUUGUGGCUCUUUGGGUCCCUGAGACAAAGGGGAGAACACUGGAAGAAAUCCAAUGGUCUUUCAGAUGAGCUUUUCGUCUCCUUGUUACAUUUUUGCUUAGAGGAAGCCAGUUCCUGCAUCCAUUUUCAAAUGAUCUCUCACAGGAUCUCUAGAUGUAAAAUUUUUGUUUGCAAUUUAUCUUCUUUUUGGCAUAGAAAAACGCAUAUUCUCUGGCCAGCAUCUUCUGUUCCUGGCUUUGUCUUUUUACAUGGCUCCGUUUCAUCCUCAAAACAAAUAUCUGUAUUGUCUGCUUAUAUGAGUGAUUAAAUUCAUUUAUAUUCUUUCGACGGGCAAA